AUGGAUAAAUAUCUAGAAUGCUAUCGAAGUAAUUUCAACGUUUUUCGUUUACAAACACAAGAGCAAUCGGUGCGAGAGAAUGAUGCUACAGAAACGCGCUUCGAUAAACAAAAUUAUUUGGAGGAGAAACACAUUUUCGAUACGUUUACUUUCUUCAUCGGACAUUUAAUUGUUUACCAACCGGCAGACCCAAUUCAGUAUUUGUAUAAAUUACUCGAUGACUGCAUGCUUUUCAGAUCGGGACUCAAAGAGCCACGACUAUUUUGGAUGAAAAGGCACAUCGAUAGUAUUUUUCAAAGCAUUGAUUCCAGUAAUUCAGGAUUUGUGUCUUUGGACUCUUAUAGAAGUGUCAUGAAAAUUUUGAAUGUGCAUUCUUACAAUUCGUGUCCUACAGAAUGCGCACCGGGAUAUGUGGAUCGGCAAACGUUUUACUCGGAGGUGUAAGAUUCUCUUCUUCUUAACAAAAAAACGUCGAAUAUUCGAAUGAAAGUUUUGUAUGGAUCCUAUGAGAAAUGUGCAGCUUGGAGUACGAAUUGA